AUGGCAAAGACCGACGUUCUCGCGGACAAAGUCAAGUCGCCCCGCGCCCUGGCACACGUUGUCCUGAGGACCUCAAACUAUAAGCCCAUGGUCGCCUUCUACAAAGCAUUCCUUGGAGCACGUGCGACAUGGGAGAGCCCAUUCUUGGCCUUCCUUACCUAUGACGACGAGCACCAUCGCAUCGCUAUCGGCGAAGUACCCGGCACGGGCCCGAAGGUCCCCACCUCCUCUGGCCUCGAGCACAUUGCUUUCAGUUUCGAAAAUUUAGGGGAUCUGCUACUCGCGUACCAGCAGCGCAAGGCGCGUGGUAUCCUCCCCAUAUGGAGCGUGAACCAUGGUCCCACGACGAGCAUAUACUACCAAGAUCCGGAUGGGAACCAGUUGGAGACACAGGUGGAUAACUUUGAUACCAUGGAAGAGGCCGACGCGUUCAUGACGUCAGCGGCCUUUACUGAGAAUCCGAUUGGUGUCGACUUUGAUCCGGAGGAGCUGAUUGUCAAGCAUAAAGCAGGCGUGGACGACAAAUUGCUGAAGCAGAGGCCAAACAUUGGCCCGCGGGGCCCCGACAGCAUUCCGCCUCCUCCCAAGCCUGAUAGUCGUGAGGACUACAGUAUAGCGGUAGCUGCACACUGA